GCGCGCUGCCUGGCGCCGCCCGGGCCGCCGCCGCCAUGGCCACGGAGGACGAGAUCAUCCGCAUCGCCAAGAAGAUGGACAAGAUGGUGCAGAAGAAGAACGCGGCUGGAGCUCUUGAUUUGUUGAAGGAGCUUAAGAAUAUUCCCAUGACCCUUGAGUUAUUACAGUCUACCAGAAUUGGAAUGUCAGUGAAUGCAAUACGCAAGCAAAGCACAGAUGAAGAGGUUACAUCUUUAGCAAAAUCUCUUAUCAAGUCUUGGAAGAAGCUGUUAGAUGGACCUUCAACUGAUAAAGAUUCUGAAGAAAAGAAAAAGGAACCUGCAUCUUCCUCACAAAACAGCCCUGAAGCCCGAGAAGAAAGCAGUUCAAGUAGCAAUUCCAGCAGCAGGAAGGAGGAGGGUAGUGCUCCCUCAAAUUCUUUCAUCCCAUCUUUUCCCCGGGCUCCAAGCACUUCAGACUCUGUACGAGUAAAAUGUAGAGAAAUGCUCUCUGCAGCUCUCAGAACAGGAGAUGAUUACAUUGCUAUUGGUGCCGAUGAAGAGGAACUGGGUUCUCAGAUUGAAGAAGCUAUUUUUCAAGAAUUAAAAAACACUGAUAUGAAAUACAAAAAUAGGGUACGAAGUAGGAUAGCGAAUCUCAAGGAUGCAAAGAACCCUAACCUAAGGAAAAAUGUAUUAUGUGGAAACAUUCCUCCUGACAAGUUUGCCAAAAUGACAGCAGAGGAAAUGGCAAGUGAUGAACUGAAAGAAAUGCGCAAAAAUCUGACCAAAGAAGCUAUCAGAGAGCACCAGAUGGCUAAAACAGGAGGUACCCAAACUGAUCUGUUUACAUGUGGCAAGUGCAAAAAGAAGAACUGUACAUACACCCAGGUUCAAACCCGGAGUGCUGAUGAACCCAUGACAACGUUUGUUGUCUGUAAUGAAUGUGGAAACAGAUGGAAGUUCUGUUAGAAGAAGAAAUUGUCAAGACAUCUGGACCAGUAUGAACGAGGAUUUUGUAAUUAGCUUUAAAAACUAGGCUAAGCAUCUAGCUUUCUGCAAAUGAGAGGGUUUUUUGGUUUUUCUUUUCUUUUUAUUUCAAAGCAGCAUACAUGCCUCAAGUUAGCCUUUGUUUUGACACAACCAUCAUUUCCUUAAAUGCCUUCCUAUAGCUGGUAGUCAGUAGGGCCAGGCUGCUCAAUUGUAUGGUGAAUUUUAAAAUAUUUUUUCAUUUUUAUAAGUAAGUUGACAUUAAACUUUUACCAGUUAAACAUUUUGGUAAUUGUCUUGGUUUUUUCUAACUAUGUGAAUAAUGUACUGUAUUUUUUUGUGGUCUGAAAUAUACACACUCCUUCUGUGUGCAUUUUGCCUCUCCACAUUUCCUCAGUUGUAAGAAUGAAAUUUGUUUCUCUCUGCUCUGUUCACUUUGCUUUGCAAGCAGAAAAGGUAUGCAAGUUCCUCAUAACAUUAAACUCAGUUGUUAACUAAAACACAAUUUAAUUAAUUCUCUAGUUUGUAUGUGGUCUUUCUGGACUAGGACUAAAUUUACAGUCAUGGGGUUUGAAUAUUUAUUAGUGGAUAUGAUGACCUCUUUUGCGAUGGUUGGUUAAGCUUGUUUAUGUAACCAGCUUUGAUCAAUGCAAUAUAUUUUAUUGCCCAAAGCAUGUAUUUUAUGUUCUAUCAGUAGGCAUUAUUUCUAAGAAUGUCUUAAAAUAGUGGUUAAAUCUGAUUUGAGUGUUCAGUCUUGCUUAAUGUGCUUGACAACCAGCUUGGGUUUAGACUUUGUAAAUAAGCAAAGGCAUUGUGUUGUAGGCUAUCCUAAUAACACCAGCUAACCAAUUCAUUGCAUUAAACUGGCUGGGGAGGUAAUACUAUACUCCCUUCAUUCAAAUGUCAUUGAUUUUGUUCAUGAAAUGAUUUUUAAGAUGUAGGGUAUCCGGUGUCAAUCAUAGACCUGCAAGUGGGAAUAAAUUAUUAAAGUUACAAUUUUUUCCAUAUGAAAAAUUAUAUAAAUGCUGCUUUUUUUAGAGUUUGCUUUUUAACAGUGCAUGUUUAGAAAUAUUUGCAAAUGUGUUUUCAAGGAAAAAGAUGUCAACAUCUUUGGAAGAAAUUAAAUUCUUUCAUUAUAUCUAAUUUUAUAUUACUUAAUUUGUUGGAGUUUGGGGCUGAGGAGGUCUAUUUUGGCACUGUAUAAAUUAUUCAUGAAGGGAUGGGAAGAGUAUGCACAGCUCUUGGAGAAUAAAUUCCUUGAAUGUAAAGGAAAAACAA